UGCCAUAAUAACUUCUGAGAUACGACAGUGCUAGCAUACAAACCACCGCCAUGGCAAUCGGAACCCCAAAACCCUCACCAUUACACGUCACAUUCCUAACUCUAAUCCUACUCACAACCCCAUCACCCUCUUCUUCUUUCAUCAUCCCACCACCACAUUCAUUCCACACUCUGUUUUAUCUAUCCCACUCUCUACUCACGCGCGUUGCCAACUUACGCGCCACCCGUGGCGACAUUUCUGGGUCAGCCCGUGUCAAAACAUUAGCUAAUAAAAUAGAUUUUGGAUUUGAAAUGUUUCAAGUUGUGUCUGAUAUUAAUGAGUUGAUGAAAGGUUUGAUUGAGUUGAGUCGUUUGGAAUCACGAGCUGACCUGGUUGAAUGGGUUCGUCGGAAUUAUAGGAGUUUGCUUAAGGGUUUUAUGUCCUUGUCUCGCUUGCUUAAAGUUUUCCCUCAUUCGGUGGACAAAUACAUGAAAGUGAUAAGGUAUAAUCUAGAGUUUAUUCAAGAAAUUCAAAAUAAGGGUGUGUUGCAAAUUCAGGGUCCAUUGAAGGAUGUUGUUGCAUUGGUACGAGCUGAAAUUGUCUAUGGUGGGCUGCUGGAGGACUGUCUUGAGUUGGGUAGCAGUGAUAUAAAGGGUGUGAUUCAGAUACUAAUAGAUGUUGCUCUGCAAUACACUUCUAAUGGCAAGAGCGAGUUAUGAAUGAAACAAGCUCUCGAGAUAAAGGUCGUGUUGAAAUGGAGCUCCUUGUAUUCUUGAAGAUCUAUGGAGGUAGAAUCUAGUCAAUGUAGUAUGUUACUAUGUUUCGAGGUUUAAACGUCCCUUUUAUUCUUGGCUCAAUACCUUGCCCUCUCUUGUAAGUGUUGGGUCAUGUAAUUGGUUAGUCAUGAGAUUGUCUUUUGUUGAAGUAACUCGUAAAUCUAUGAUGUAUAUAUCUUCUUGAAUGACAUCUAGGAAUCAUGUAUUGCUUAAAUGCUAUGUCAAUGGAAACUUAAGUUUUCAAAUGUU